AUGGCCUCCCUUGCUGCAGCAAAUGCAGAAUUUGGCUUUGACUUAUUCAGAGAGAUGGAUAGUAGUCAAGGAAAUGGAAAUGUAUUCUUCUCUUCCCUGAGCAUCUUCACUGCCCUGACACUAAUCCGUCUGGGUGCUCGAGGUGACUGUGCACGUCAGAUUGACAAGGCACUGCACUUCUACACCCCAUCAAGACAAGGAAACUCUUAUAACAAUCAGCCAGGACUUCAGUAUCAAUUGAAAAGAGUUCUUGCUGAUAUAAACUCAUCUCAUAAGGAUUAUGAACUCAGCAUUGUCAAUGGAAUUUUUGCAGAAAAAGUGUUUGACUUUCACAAGAACUACAUUGACUGUGCUGAAAACUUAUAUGAUGCUAAGGUGGAAAGAGUUGACUUCACAAAUGAUAUACAAGAAACCAGAUUUAAAAUUAAUAAAUGGAUUGAGAAAGAGACACAUGGCAAAAUCAAGAAGGUGUUGGGUGGCAGCAGCCUCAGCUCGUCGGCAGUCAUGGUGCUGGUGAAUGCUGUUUACUUCAAAGGCAAAUGGAAAUCGGCGUUCACCAAGAGUGAGACCCUCAGUUGCCAUUUUAGGUCUCCCACGUGUCCUGGAAAAGCGGUUAAUAUGAUGCAUCAAGAACGGAGGUUUAAUUUGUCUACCAUUCAGGAGCCACGAAUGCAGGUUCUUGAGCUUCAAUAUCAUGGUGGCAUAAGCAUGUACAUCUUACUCCCUGAGGAUGACCUCUCCGAAAUUGAAAGCAAGCUGAGUUUCCAGAAUCUAAUGGACUGGACCAGUAGGAGGAAAAUGAAAUCUCAGUAUGUGGACGUGUUUCUCCCCCAGUUCAAGAUAGAGAAGGAUUAUCAAAUGAGGCAACACUUGAAAUCCCUAGGCUUGCAAGACAUCUUUGAUGAGUCUCGUGCAGAUCUCUCUGGAAUUGCCUCUGGAGGUCGUCUCUAUAUAUCAAAGCUAAUGCACAAGUCAUUCAUAGAGGUCUCAGAGGAGGGCACAGAGGCCACUGCUGCCACAGAAAAUAACACUGUUGAAAAGCUGCUUCCUAAUUCCACGGUGUUUAGAGCAGACCGUCCCUUUCUGUUUGUCAUCAGGAAGAAUGACAUCAUCUUAUUUACUGGCAAAGUCUCUUGUCCUUGA